AUGUCUUCUGAACAACCUGGAAAGGAUGUGCCGUCCAAACCUGUCAAGGAAACGGUUCCUGAAACUAAACCCUCAAAACCUCCAAAGAAACAAUGGAAAAACCCUGCACUUAGAGCCAUGGGUAUACCCAGAUUUUCACUCCCAUCUCGUAAUUGGAUGAUCUUUUGGACUGUAUUGGCCGGUAUUGGAGGAGGAAUUGCCUACGACAAAUACGAACAGAAGAAGAUCAGAGAAAAGUGGAUGCUUGAAGUGUCCAAGUUUGCCAAGGAACAAUAUCCUAAUGAUAGAAUCCCCAGAAAAUUAUCUAUUUUCAUUGCCCCACCUCCAAAUGAUUUCUUAGAUGAAUCCUUGAGGUAUUUCAAGAGAUACAUCAAGCCUGUCCUUAAUGCAAGUGCUGUAGAUUUUGAAGUUUACACCGAAAAUAGACAAGGUGAUAUUCGUAGUGAAGUUGCUGAAAAAAUUAGAGAAUUGAGAAGAUCAAAGAUUGCAAAGAGUGAAGAUGAUAAUGAAAAGAAGGGCGAUGAUAAACAAGUUGAUAGUAGUAACUGGCUCGCAUACAGCCACAUCAACAAGAGUAAUAAUAAUGCAUCUAUUGAUGAUGAAGGUCCUCUUGUUAGUCGUCAAGAAUUAUAUACACCAGCCGAUGUAUUGGGAUUAUAUAAGGUUUUCAAACCGCUUGAAGUUGAAAGAGAUGAUGAACUUAAUCCUGAACAGGCUGGUGGUGUGAUUUGUAUCGGAAGAGGUGCAUACAAGGAAUAUAUCACAGGUGUACAUGAGGGAUUACUUGGACCAUUAGAGAAGCCAGUAGAAGUCUUAGAAGAAACCAUCAACGAUCAAGGUGAAUCUGUCCCAGUAGAAGUUAAAGUUGAAGAAGAUGACUCUGAUGAUACUGAUGAAUCUGGUGCCAAAAGAGCUCCAGUUCCAAAGCAAUAUAUUUUACCAAAGGAUUAUGCAAAUGCACAAUUUGCACCUGAACUUAACAAGAAUGAAAUCAUCAGAAACAACAAAAACGUACCAGUUCUUUUUGAACAACCAGUUUACGUUUUCCCAGUACCAAAUCUUCUCGGAUUCAUGAACAUGCCUCGUAAGAUUUACCGUUUCUACACGAAAAGAUAUCUUGCUGAUGAAUAUGGAUUCCGUACUACCAGUGUAAUUGAAAAUCUUACCAGACCAUUUGAAUAUAAGGAUUCAUUUAUGGGAGGUGAAGAAGAAAGAGACUGGCCACAUGGUUGGGUUGAAAAGGGUAAACUGAAGAACUCAGAAUGGGUUCAGGAAUUGGUAGUUGAUGAACGAGUGACUUCUAGAAUGAGAGUUUUUGAUCAUGAAUUGAAGGAAAAGAAGAAUGAUGAAUUCUGA